AUGUUGCCCUCAAGCUUCACACAUAUAACUAGACCCAGAAUCCACCCUUCGUCCUGUGUUACAUCCAGCCAUCCAGUGAUAUUGAUUGGUUGCUUUUCAUUGUGCCAUGCGCCUAUAGGUUCCAGUUUGAAGCGGACACCGUCGUCGUCCCUUAGAUUCCCUCCUCCACCGCAGAUCGACUCCACUUGCGUCGACUCCCGCCGCCGCCGGGGUAUACUCCGCCAAGAUCGCGCCACCACCGCUGCCGCCACUGGCAUAAACCACUACACAACAUUAUAUGCUAGGAACGACGGGAUGCACGUCAGAAAACUUGUCAUGAAUGAUGCUUCAACGGAUGCUGCAGUCAUCUCAUCUCCCUUACAGGCAUGGAAAGAGAAUAGGAAAAACGAUAUACUUGCAGCUUCAGGCAGCAUUGAGUUUGCUGCACAUAGUUUGUUCCCUAGGGAAUGUUCAGUCUGGUGAAACAUGUUAAGAAGAAGUAUGGAAAUCCGCCUGUGUUCAUUACUAAGAAUGGCAUGAUAGGUUGAAAUAUGUCUUCAAGAUGAUAAGAGGAUACAGUACCACAACGAAUACAUGUUAGAUGCUAUAAGGUGAUUUCAUUUCUCUGUGCAUAUGCUAGAACUGAACCACCAACACUGAGCAUCAUCAAUGUGUGCCACUGUAAUCGCUGACCAGAUUGGUACUUAAGUGCUCGAUA